AUGACUGCCGGGUAUGGAACUCCGUAUUCAAUUACUGCGUUCCAAACUUACCUUUUCAGUCUCAACUCAGGCUGGAUAGUUGCUCGUCGUAUCUCGAAACGACGUCACUUCGGCUAUAAAGAAAUUCAAGGAGGCGUACACUCAAGGUCGUCACACGAUACCUCUGCCCGUCGCGUAGACGCGUCCCCGGGAGCGUCCCCCUCCUCGACCGUCAACCCCUCUGAAAUAGCUUUCUUCUCUCGCUUAUCCCAGCAAUGGUGGGACGAACACGGGGAAUUUGCUUUUCUACACAAGAUGAAUCCCAUUCGGAUGCAAUUUAUUCGAGAGAAGAUUCUCGAGAUCACGAGGGAAGAGCAGGGCGAAGACGUAGCUGCUCGUAUGGAGAAUGGCCCCGGGUUACUGAAAGGUUUGGACGUCUUAGAUGUGGGGUGCGGUGGGGGACUGCUCUCAGAAAGUCUGGCACGAUUAGGCGCCUGUACCCUGGGUAUCGACGCGUCGGAAGCAAAUAUUGGUAUCGCAUCAUUGCAUGCUGCUGCUGACCCACGAUUGUCGUCAAGAACGCCGUCUGCUGCAUCAGCCGGCGUCCAAGGAUCUUUGACCUACGCAUACACGUCGGCGGAAGAACUUCUCCGAGGCUCUCAGCGAUAUGACAUUGUGUGCUCCAUGGAAGUCCUCGAGCAUGUUGACAAUCCGGCGGGAUUUCUCUCCGCUUGCGCCGAGCUUCUCAAGCCUGGCGGUCACCUUUUUUUGUCGACCAUAGCGCGCACGCCCCUUUCAUAUCUCUUGACAAUUGUUGCCGCGGAACACAUUCUCCGCAAAGUGUCUGUGGGCACGCAUAGCCACGCCAAGUUUAUCAAUCCCUCUGAAUUGGUAGGGUUUUUCCAGAAGUACCGGUCACUGUCACCCCCUCCAAACGAGAAGUCUGGGAGCGACAAGUCAUGGAUCACACGCACCUACGAACACGGCCUGCCGUCGCGAAAGGAAGCCGAAGUCAGGGGAAUGGUGUAUCUCCCUUGGAAGGGUGCCUGGGUUCUGGCGCCCAGGGUGGCGAGUGCAUAUGGAGCGGCUACGGCGUGCAAUUAUUUGUUCUGGGUUAGGAAACCCACGUCUGAUGCACUGUGAUCCUGCAGGCAAUUAACGCUAAUUUUUUUGCUGUG